AUGCCUUCCACCUUCUCUCAGGGGAAUUUCCCCCUCAAUGUGGAGUCAAUUAAACAUACUAUUGAUCAGAAUCCAGAAUGGCAGCUGGAGGAACAGAAACCGCUUCCUCAGAAAAAAGUAACCAUGGAGUUGCUUGAUCAUCUGGAACGACUGGCACUAGUUGAUUUUCGCAAUUGGGAGGGCGUAGAGCGGCUGGAGAAAGCAAUUCAAUUUGCUGAUCAACUUCAUGAGGUUAACACAGAAGGGAUAGAGCCAAUGGAUUCGGUACUUGAGGACAGGUGUCUGUAUCUCAGAGGAGAUAACAUCACAGAAGGCAACUGCACCAAGGAGCUGCUACAAAAUGCCAGUCAGACAGCAGAAGAAUAUUUUGAAGCUCCACCAGGUAACAUCCCUCUACCAAAGUUAGAAGAGCAUGAGAGCUUCCUGCAGGACUCCAACUGAAAAGCUUGGGCCAGAAUUGCCACACUGGUUCUUUCAGCAGUAUGCUGUUGGGGACAAUUAAUCUUAUGUAGCUUCAGCUGAUGUUACAUUAUCCCAAGAACAACACCCACACAUGAGUACUGAUUCUUUCUGCUCCUCCUCUUUACAAUAUUUUAUUUCUAUCAAAGGGUUUGUUUGGAUUAUUUUAAAAUAUACACAUGAAGGUGGAAGGUGUUAAGCCACUUUCAAAAUAGAAAUAUGGCCUCAAUACUGUUUGCUUAGUCUGUAUUUGGUAGGGCUGAAGUGUCAACCUGGAGAACAUCAAACAAGUUCAGUACUCUAGAUACAUCUGCAUAUCACAGCCUUGAUGACAAGGGAAACUAGGACUAUCCAACUUUUCUGUCAAGUUAUGAGAGGGGCUGGAGAAGAAGUUAGGUACUGCAGCUUUGUAAGAACCUAAUUCACUUAAACUAUUUUUCACUUCCUGGCUUAGCUCGGAUUAGAGGUCUAAUCAGGAAAAGAAACCCUCAAAGUUCAGUACAGUAGAACAGGUACUGUUGAGGGAACUUCUGCUAGAUUAAAAAAGCACUUAGAGAAAACGCUGUUUUUACCGUAUGCCUUCAUCUCUCUCAGCUCUGACUAGUCUUACAUUUGUAUAUAUAUUGCUUUCCAUGUAUAGCUUUGUGGAAUGCUGUGCUAAUAUGCCAAAUUCCUACAUUUACACUUAAGGAAGGCAUGUAGAGUUUGUUUAUACAUACAAGUGAUUUUUUUUGAUGUAAAGUUGAAUGCCCUGCCCAGAAAGGCCAGUGGAAAAUACUUAUUGUGAGAGGCCAUUUGACCAUCCAUAUGCAUUGAUUAAACUGAAGUUCUGGCUGCUUUCUGAUCAUCGUAA